UUUGUUGUAUGUUGUUAUAAAAAAAAAAUAUAAUUAACCAUAAUUUUUAUUUUGACAUAUGUGUAUAAAAAUUAAUUUGAGAUAAAAGCAAAGCUAAUUUAUUAAUAAAUUUAUAAAAACCAAUUAAAUCUAAAUGUGAUAAAUUAUAAAAAAAAAACCUUUAAUUUCAUACAAAAUGUGUAUAUUCCAUAAAUAAAAUUUGAUAUACACAAUUCACUUUGUUAAAUGUGCAUCCCAAACAUCGGUAUUAUUUUCUAAAAAUAAAACUAAAGAAAAAAAAAUGGAAGACAUAGAAUACUUGGAAGAGUAUGAAGAUUUUAUUUUACCAAAAACACUUAAUUAUUCCCAAGAAUAUCCUCCUCCUCCUCCAACAACACCGCCAAAUGCAUUGGAUACAGAAUUAUUAAUUGAUAAAUGCAACACAUUACAAACUGUCUCAAAUGAUGAUAAUGAGACAAAUGCACUUAUUACAACUUCCACUACAAAUAAAUCAAAUUUUAUUAAAAUAUUAAAUACAGAAGUGUUGUCUACACCUGCCCAAAUACAAACCUUCAAUAAUGAACCGGCAAUAACGACUCCAUUAACAAAUGAGACACUACAACAAUCUCAUUUUUCCUAUGACAGAGCAAAUGCAUCAUUUCUUAAUCGCAUUACACAAAACUCCAUUUUACAAAGGCUAGAUAAAUAUAAAAGCAUUGCAACAGUCAAGCCGACUGUCCAAAAAGCAACAGUCUUUAAUUUAUCUUCAAUAAUUCCUCCACCAGAUUCUGCCUCUGCCACAAAAGUAAGAAUUCUAUCAAAUCACGAAUUAAGUGGUGCAAAUCGUUGUGCUGUUGGCAUCGAAGAUGAUUCAUUUCUUGAUUAUGCUUUAGACAAACAUGUUACAGAUGAUUUUACUUUAGAUUUUAAUCUAGACACGGCGGAUAUAUCUGAUAUUUGUUCAGAUUCAUUGAAUCUUUCAGAUGAUUAUAAUGAAGGGGUAUUUUCUUUAGAUCUUUUGGGGGGAGUUGGAGGCGAUGGCAAACAAAAUAAAGAAUUGAAAAGAAAAGUAACUCGCGAUGAGAGUUUAGAACCGGAUUUGAAAAAAUCAAAAAAUGGUUCAAUAUUGUUUUCAACAAAAUCUUUAUCAAAAAAUUCAGAUAAAAAGAGAAAUUUGAAUUUGUUGGAAAAGAAAAAGGCCAACUCAAAUGCAAGUAAGAAAUCAAAGUUGGUUGUUAAGAAGAAUGGAAAGAAAUUUGUCUUUCCAGAUAGAUCGAAAUUUUCACUUAAACAUUUGAAUAAUACAAAUAAUAUUGAAGAUGAAAUUCCACAAACUAUUAUAAGGGCAAUUCCUGCUCCUGUUCCUCCUCCUGCUAUAGUUCCAUUGGUUAACAAUGGAGAUGGAGCAAAGAAGGAAGAAAACACUGGGUUGAAAGCGUUGCCAGUUGCUGUGGCGACUCUUAGUAAAAGCAACCAUGUGGAAGAAGUUAGGAAGGAAUUACAGCUUUCUUCUAUGGCGAUUACCCCAAUCAGUAAAAUCAGUACUCUUAGUAAAACUAAUAAUGUUGAGGAAUUUAGGAAGGAAUUACAGCUUCCUUCGAUGCCGAUUGGCCCAAUUAAUAAGAUCAACAAUGUUGAGGAACCAAGAAAAGAAAUGGUUCAACAGAAAAGUACUCCCAAAAUGCAACUAACUUCUUUAAUAGGACCACUGAGUAAAAGUAAAAAUGUUGAUGAACCAAGGAAGGAACAGCCAAGUGCUCCUAAAAUACUAUCACCAACUUUAGGUGCUCUUAGUAAAAUCAACAGUUUGUUUGGUUCACCACAGAAAGAAGUAGUCAAUAAUAAUGACACCUCUUCAAAUAAAAUGCCUUUAGAAAAUAUUCACAAUUCUUCUUCUGGGACGACCAACAAUCUAUCAUCAAAUACUGAUAAAAAAACAGAAGAGAAAGAAAAAGAUAUUGUAAUAUUUUCAAGUCCGAAAAUAAUGAAGAGAAUCUCUCAGCCAAUUGAUACAGAAGCACAAAUCAAUCAACAUAAUGUAACAACUACACCAAUUAAAAGUGCUGGAUUUAAAUUUUCACAUUUUACAUUGAAAUCUAUUAAGCCACCAAGUAAACUUAAAUUAAAAGAAACUACAAUUACAAAAGAGUCAAUAUUAAUGGAACAUUCGGGAAGGGAAGAUGAAAAUCAAAAAACUUUAAUGGAGGAGGCUGUAAAAGAAGAUGAAAAUAUGAAAUCUAUACCAACAUCGGAUUGUGGUAAAAAAGAUGAAAAGAAAAUUGAAGAAAAUGUAACGACAAAUGGAAAGAAGCAACAAAUAUGGGAGAGUUUAGUUGAACCAAAAGAAUUUAGUAUUCGAUUGAGUAAAAAUGCGGUUGGAAAGAUUAUGGAAUCGAUGAAGAAAACCGAAAAAGAAACAACAACAAAGUUGGUUCAAACCAAUAUUGAGGAAAAGAAAGAUGAUGAGCCAACAGUACCAGCAAAUGAUGUUCGCGAGUCGUCUUUAGUAUGUGCGGUGACGACAACUACAGAAGAAAAAUCUGAGCCAAAGUUACCAACCAUUCCGCCGACGACGACUACAGUCUCAACUGAAAUUUCAGAAACAAAUAACAAAUGUAAAAAAGGAAAAAAGGAAAAAACAAUUCAUCCAAUCAAAUCCAUGCCAAUUAUAGCUGAAUCGGCAGAGAAAGAGAAAAGUAUUUCGUCUCCAAUAAAAAAAACUACCGAAAAGAUAUCUUCAACACAAAAAGACAAUUCGACAAAAGAUGAUAAAAGUCCGCCAAUUGCUCCAAAUUUAGAUUCAGCAUUAGCAAAUGAACCAACAAUAAAAGCAACACCACCACCAGUAUGCGAAGAUUCUUCUUCAACAUCUGAUCUUGAUAAUAAUAAGAAACCCGAUGGAAGAUUAUAUCCGUCGAGAAAGAUUACUAGACAAACAGCCCUUAAAUCUAAAUUGAACACCCAACCAAAACCGGUACCCAUACCAAAAGCUUCACCGUCAUCUUUACAAAUUAAAGAUCCAAUAAUUCCUAAAGAGAAAAUAAUGAGUCCGAUAAAAGAAUCUACACCGACGAUAACAACUCCUGAGGCAGCAUUAGCAGAUGCUUGCAUAUCAAAUCAGCAACCUGCAGCUAUCCCAAUGGAAACUAAAACACCUACGGAAAGUGAAAUAGUAGAACCAAAGAAAGAACUUGAAGAUGAAACGAUCGUUCUAUCACCAUUCAAGCCUACAACUAAUUUUCUUCCAAAUGAUGAUUCAUUUUUAAAUAAAAUCAAAUUAAAUGAAAGCCCUGAUGCAAGUAUAAAUCAAUACCACUCGCAAUUCGGUGGAAAUGAAAGUAAUAGUUCAAAAAUUCAAAUUUUUGAACUUCCCUCUUACAUUGUAAUGAAAACGAAAAUUAUUACUAGAAAAGAUUUAGAAACAAAUAAAAAUUAUAUCCCAGCGAUAGUUAAACAACAACAAUUAGAUAAUGAAUCGGAUAACAAUGUAGUUGUUCCCGAAUCCUCUGAAACACCAUCGCCAGUUAUAAAAACCGAACGUUCUGAAUUUAAUUCUGUUUGUGCGAGAAUCAAUGCGCUUCUUGAAGAGAAUGCAAAUUAUUUAAAAUUUGCCUCAGGAUAUGAAAGACUUAGUCGAAUGAAUGAUGUUUUGGGUGAUAUUUCAUUGUCUGUUGAAGAUGCCACAUGCACAUUGAAAUUUUUACAAUCAUAUUUGUCAUCAUAUCCAAAAGACAAAUCGAUUAGAACAAGAGGUCAACAAUUUAUUCCAAUUUAUGAUAGGCAAAAGAAAAUUAUUGGUUAUAGGAAGAGAACGGUGCACGUGAAACCUUCAUCUCGUAGUGGAAGUGUAAGAAGAUCGUCAUCCAAGACGCCAAGUAGUAUACAACCGACUCCAUCUGUGUCGUCAAACGUUUCUCUAACAACAAUGAAUGUUAAACGAAAUGUACAUAUCGUUGAAAAUAACACCAUUACCAACAUGGACAUUUCCGCCACCAAAAUUGAACCAGAUUUAAUGGAUGUUGGUGACAGUGAGCUUAUACUUCCAGACACAUCACCUACAAAGGAUAUUUGUAUAAAAAAUGAAGAAGAUCUAAUGGUGUAAAUAAUGAUAAGAGAUAAUAAUGAAAAUAAGUAAAUUAAGUUGUUUAUACAAAUUUUAAACACAAAAAUUUAGUUAGUAAUGGAUUAAAUGUAAUAAUAAAUCAUUUGUUUUUAUUUUUCAUUAAGAUACAUAA